AUGUCGCUGCUCGUCAUGUCUGCUACUCCCACUUCGACAAUGGACAGAUUGUCGCCAGGAUGGAUCAGUCGGUCCUUCUCACGGCGGAGGAAGUCGCCAGAUUCGAGACCAACAACAUCAAGCAGCCAGCCCUCGCCGCAGGCAUCGCGCAGAUCUAGCAACAGCAACAGUUCAAGACGGUCCAGCAAAUCUGGGAGCCGGGCAAUCCGAGGGAUGGUGAACAGGAUUCGCUCAGCAUCCAACGCCAGCAUACCCAAAGAUCAGAACCAAGAGCUGGAUUUCAAAGAGGUCGACGACUGGUUUACUGGAUUCCAGGGAUACAACCAGCUCGUGACAAAGAAGGUUUCGCCUGAACAGUCUCACACAUCUCCAGAAUUCGUCAAGGCCUCGAAACAGUUGACAAAAAACUGCGGUGGCAACUUCAUCCAUGGCCUCCCAGAAGCCCUGUUUGACUACUCUCUUCUCUGGUGUCCAGCCGAUGCAUCCACAGACAGAGAUGAUAACGAGCCUUCCUGGAGCUGGACCUCUCAUGCCGGUCCUGUAAACUUCCCUUUCGACCCCACCAGCUGCCCAGACACAUACACCACGCCCCGCAGCACAGGCGAGACCUUUGUUUCGGAAGUUCAAAACUUCCACAUCGGGCCCACAUCCACACCCUACACCGUCCGGCGCGACAAGCACAGCGCCAUGCGCAUCCGCUACCCGCCUUACUUCCACGCCCCUCGGGGCACCGACCCGACACUCGAGAGCACCACACUCCGCUUCCACGCGCAAACCAUUCCCGCUGACGGCUUCACAGCCUCGCAGCUGCACUACCAGGGCUCUGAAAUCCCCUGUUCCCAACUCCUCUCUCCCUCAAAGCAACACUGCGGCGUCCUCAUGUCCCACGAAUCUACCAUCUCAGCACCCCACUACCACGGACCCUACGAGUUCGUCCUCCUGAGCCGCAACAAGCGCAUCGAGCCCGCAGAGCACACUCGCAGGCCCCAACAGACCACCAUGCACCCCCCGGGCACCCCCAUCUGGGAAGGAGAGCGGUUCGUGUGGGACGAGGAGGUGGUCGAUUUCGACGACGAAGUCUUCCAGCCCACCGAGUGGUGCGUGCUCAACGUCAUGCUGAUCCGCUGGGACGAGGCGCGCGGGCUCGCCGAGCGCGUCGCUGUCGGCCGCAUGCACGAGGAUGCGUGGAACGCGCUGGGACCGCUGAGGAAGGAGAUUGCGCUGCGUUGA